UACAAGAGUAGGGAAAACAAUAAAGAGCACCGAACGGAUGAGAUCAGCAUCAAAAGAUUGAUACUCAGACGUGGGCAGGAAUUCCACAUUACAGUGAAUUUCAGUCAAAGUGGGUUCAACCUUGAAGCUGACAGAUUUGUACUCAUUGCAGAAACAGGUUUGAGACCUUCACAUUCAGCUGGAACCCAGGUUUGUUUCGAACUUUUAAACUCGUUAGAUCCAAAUGAAUGGAGCGCAACCUCGCAUGGGUGUUCCAGCUGUGAACUGUCACUGACCAUCAACUCUUCACCGAAUGCCAAGAUUGGUCGUUACACCUUGAAGCUGCACGACGCAACAGAAGAGCAAGCAUACGUGCUGGGAGAAUUCGUUCUGCUUUUUAACCCAUGGUGCUCAGAGGAUGAAGUCUUUCUGGACAAUGCUGAACAGCGAGAAGAGUAUGUGAUGAACGAAACUGGAAUCAUCUUCAGGAAUACAUAUAACAGUAUCCACUCCAACCCUUGGAUCUUUGGACAGUUCGAAGAAGAUAUUGUGGAUAUAUGCCUCAAAUUACUGGACCUAAAUCCCAAAAGUUUAAGAAGCGCAACUGGGGACUAUGAACGAAGAAACGAUGCUGUUUACAUCAGCAGGGUGGUAUCUAGGAUGGUAAACAGUGCCGAUGAUAAAGGAAUACUUAAAAGCCGAUGGAAUGGACCAUAUUAUCCGGAAACAAGGCCUACACAAUGGAUUGGAAGUGUUGAUAUCCUUCGAAAGUGGUUUAGAAGUAACUACCAGGAAGUUUGUUUUGGACAGUGCUGGGUGUUUGCAGCGGUGGCUUGCACAGUUUUGAGGUGUUUAGGAAUUCCUACACGUGUGGUCACAAACUUUCAAUCUGCGCAUGACACCAAUGGAAACUUAACCAUUGACAAUGUGGUUGAUGAACACGGAAGAACGAUUAGAAACAACAGAGAUAGUAUUUGGAAUUUCCAUGUCUGGAUAGAAGCUUGGAUGGCUCGAAAUGAUCUCAAGUCUGGUUUUGAUGGAUGGCAGGUGCUGGAUCCAACACCACAGAAGAGGAGUGAAGGUGUCUAUUGUUGUGGACCAUCUCCAGUCAAAGCAAUAAAAGAAAGACGACUGAAUGUGAAGUUCGAUGUUCCCUUCGUGUACGCAGAGGUCAAUGCGGAUGUGGUGGACUGGAUCUUCUACAGAGAUGGUAGAAAGGAAAAGACAUCUCUUAAUACCACAAAUGUCGGCCGAAAGAUCAGUACCAAGGCUGUUGGGAGUAGAGAACGCGAGGAUAUCACAGCAAAUUACAAAUACCCUGAGGGUGAGGAACAGAAAUGCCAUGAUGUUGUAGGAUUUUGUGGUGUUACUGAGGUGAACAACAGACGAUAUGUUCCGAAAGAGAAGACAUUCAAUUUGGCUGUGAAGACUCAAGAGUCCAUCUCAAUUGGCAAAGAUGUUUAUGCUCAUGUGUACAUCUUCAACAAAAGUGACAAGAAAAUUGAAUGCAAUCUGAACUUCAGUGCUGAAAUAAUAUUUCUGAAAAUUCCAAGCAUUGACAUUAAGCUCCUGGGUGAGCCAGUGCAGUAUCAAAAGGUGAAAGUAGAAAUCUGCAUUGAGAACCCUCUGCUUGUACCUCUGAAACAAGGUGUCUUGACAUUUGGAGGAUCUGGACUGAUUGACGUAACCCAGAUAAGAAUCAAUGAGAUCAAAGACCGUCACAUAUCAGCAGUGUUUGAAAUCACCCCAUGGAAAUCAGGCACUAAGGAACUCUUGGUGGAUUUCGAUUGCGAUCAAAUAAAGGAUGUCAAAGGAUCCAAAAUCAUCGUGACGUGGGCAAAGGAAGGUGUCGAAGCAGGCCUUGAAUGA